UUAUUAUUCUACCAUAAGUAGUAUCAAAUUAAAGGAAAUGGCUGUCUGGUCUGCUGAAAAUGCUACUAACGCUUAUCUCAGAGCAAUAAAAAUGGGAGAGAGAAGCAAGGAGCCAGACACGGCGGAGUUUAUCUCCGCCCUGGUGGCAGGCACCAGCGCUCGCCUCAUGGUGGUUGCAUGCUCGGGCGCCGCCGACUGCACCACCUUAGCCCUGGUGGCAGCGGCCUACCAAACAGGGGGCCAGGUGGUGUGCAUCGUGGGCGGCGCCAGUGAGGUGCAGCAGUCGAGGCGAGCGCUGGGAGAGAGCGGCGCGGAUGUGAAGUUCGUUGUGGGGAGUGCGGAGUUUCUACUGGCGGGGGAGUAUAGAGAAGCGGACUGCGUGGUAGUGGAUUGCAGGAUCCGAAACUGCCAGAGGAUUCUAGAAAGUGCGAGAAGCGAGGCGUUGGUUUUGGGGUACAAUGCUUUGUGCGGAGGCUUGGAGUUUGGUAAUGAUGCGCAUUUGCUACCAAUAGGGGAAGGGCUGCUCGUGAGGAGGGCCACGCUGCCUCGUCGCCGGACGGAGAAGGGCGGCCGCUGGGUUGUGACCGUCGAUAAGUUCACUGGUGAAGAGCAUGUUUUUAGGGUUCGGAGUAAGCCCAAGUUUUGCAAGUGAUCAAGUUUUCUCAAUAUGCCGUUGCUUCUAUUCUAAAUUGUGGUAGAGAAAUAUAUGAGUUUUGUUUGUUUGAUUAUAAAGAUCCUAAUUGUAAAUACUAGUACUAGAUAUCAUGUAUUGUGAUUUAUCUAGGAUGUAAUGUUGAAUUUUGCUACUAUUAAUUU